GGUGACGACGGCGAGGCAAGCGAGAUCGCCUUCGGCGGCCACAACCCCACUCGCGCUCUGGAGCCGCUCUCGUGGGCGCCGGUGGCCCUGCCGGGCCUCGGCUACUGGCAGGUUCAGAUCCUGUCCGUUCGCAUCGGCGGCGUGGCGCUGGACGUCUGCCAGGACGGCUCGUGCAGGGGCGUGAUCGACACAGGCAGCUCGCACCUGGGCGUCCCCGCGACGCACGAGGCGCAGGUGGCGGCCCUGCUCACCCGGCCCGCCGGCAGCGCGGGCGAGGACUGCCGCUUCGCCAGCGCGCCCGAAGUGGAGAUCGAGAUACCAGGCCGGAACCUGACCCUGGGCCCCGAGAACUACAUGCGCCGCAUGCCCCUCGAGGAGAACGUUAGCGUGGGGGUGCGCGGCGUGAGCCUGAACGGCUCCAGCCCGCGGCGGCCCCGCGGCGGCGGCGGGGGGGCACCGGUGGUGGCGGCCCCGCCGGCGGGCUGGGCGCCGCGGCUGCGCGCCCCGAAGGAGGACGCGGCCGACGCGGCGCCGGCGCGCUUGGCGGCGCCGCUCCAGUGCCGCCCCAAGCUGAUGGCCGUGAGCCUGCCGGAGCCGCUGGGGCCGAACCUGUUCAUCCUCGGAGAGCCGGUGCUGCACCGCUACUACACCGUGUUCGACUCCGAGCACCCGCAGAUCGGGUUCGGUCUGGCGGCCAACCGCCAGAACGCCGCCUCUGCGCCCGCGGCCAAGGCGGCCCGCCAGGCUGCUUCGCGGGCCAGCGCGGGCGGCCCGCAGCGGGCGCGGGAUCCGCUGGGCGCCACGACGACGGCCGCCCCCAUCAUGGUGUGACCGUGCUCUGCGCCGUCCGCUCGUCGUUGGCGCUCGGUAGCGAAUGGGCAAGAAGCGGGCGGAGGCGUCAGAGGAGGAAGAGUUCUCCAUGCCGAUUGGAGGUUGCAGAAGAGUGGCCCUGAAGGGACCCUGAGCGGACCCUGCGCCCCUGGGCUGCCAUCGCGGGCCCCAGUGGUGCAGGACCAGGUCCACGCUCCUCCACCCCGCGUUUGUUUCCCCUCCGUUAGCGUGCGCCCGAUCUUCUCGGGUGAGACCACCGCCGUCCGCAGCAUCUGCUGCGCGAGGGUGUCGCUACUUGUGGACUUUUUCCUAAUGCAGCAAAGGCCACCGUCGGACCGCGCUCGCCGCGAUGCGCCUGGCUGUCGCCAUGCUCACGCAGGUUCACGUAGAGCGACAAUACACUCUAUUCAUGUUUGUCGGUGUGUGUGUGUGUGCC